CUGUCACGAAAGUCACAUUUCCCUUGAAACUAAAUUAUAUAAAUUUAAUCGCAGAUGUUCAACAAAUACAUUAAAUGACAACAGGUGGGCUCUGUUGUGGGUCGCAGCGUAAAACCACAAAGUACCAUUUUGCCUUGCCUAUGGGCGGUGUGGAGCAGAUGCCAUGCUGCAAUUUUCAAAUUGACUUUUGCACAUGUUGCCACCGUAACGUUACGAAAAUGUCUGCCGACAAUAGCAUAGCAUAUGUACAUAUGUACAUACACAUGUACAUAGCCACGAAAACAGUAGUUCCAAUAGAAGGCGAAAUAAUAAGAAUUGCCAACAAAAGGCAGCUAAAAACGUGCCAAUUGAGAGCGUGAGAAGCAUAAACAAAUAGUUGUUUAAAAAAAAAACUAAAAAUUUGGUUCAAAAUCGAAGUAUCCAUCAAAAUGGCAUUAGUGGACGCCAGCUGCACUUUAUAUUGACUUGGAAUGUGAUUUUUAAAUUGUAACCGUCUUUGCAAUAAUAUUUAAGUGAAGUACAGAAACAUGGAGAUACAUCGAGGAUUGCUUUUAAAACAAAAUAUCGAUAGUAUCGAUAACACCGAUAGUAUCGAUCAAGCACACACACAGCCAUACUUUCGGCACACACGCCAAGGGUAGGUAUGUAUUAAUACAAAGCGCGCUCAAAGAACAAAAGAGAACGAAUACAGAGAGAGAGAGAGAGAGAGCGCAAGAGCAACAUUGAAAAAAUCUGCUGCCAGCGGCGUCGGUGGAUUUAUUUGGCUCGAAAUGCUGCGCCGCAGUUUUUGUUAUUAAUUUGUACUCCAGACUCUACAUAGUUUUUAAAAGAAAAGCAGAAAGAAAUAGAAACUGGAUAGUGAGUGUUUAAAUUGCUAAAAAUGGCCAAUGUUCCAGAGCCGAUGCCGUCAGUGCUGAAAACAGCAAAAAAAACAAAUGGAGACUCCGUCGUGGUGGCUGCGUCGACUGCGGCGGCAGCGUUGGGUGACAACGAAGACUCGGAAGAUUCCGAAUUGGAGGAAGAUGACGAUUUACUUGAUGAUCCCGACGACGUGGUUCUGCAAAUUGACAGCGAGGACGAGGCCGAAUUGGAGGCCCAGCGCAUACGCUUGGAUGUGAAAGCAGCGGCUGCAGCAGCGGCAGCGGAGACAGCAGCAGCAACAACAAAGUCGCAGGUCAGUAACGGUAAUAAGCAGAAGCAGAAGCAGCAGCAGCAGCAUACAAAUGACAAAGCAGCGUCACGAAAACCUCGUGGACGUCCUCCUGGAACGGGCAACAAAAACAAACGGAAAACAUCGGGUGGUAGGAACUCGAGCAGCUCCCAGGUCAACACCGCAUCCUCUCUUGUCGCCGCCGAAGUCUUGGCAGAUGAGAAGUGGCAUCGCUUCUUCUACAGAUGUGCCCGCUGCUGCAACCACUACGGCGACGGACUGUCUCUCUCCCGGCAUUUCCAAAAGGAGCACUCAGAGCAGGACUGCAAUCAGGCCAAGCGCAAGCGUAACAGAAGCAAAGUUUCCCCUAGUGAAAUCGAGUCAACGUCUCCUCUUGAUUUGUCUAGCUUGAAUGUAGGUUACUUGAAACCUUGUGCCCAGCUGCUAUUACAACAGGAAUCCCUGUUGCAGCUUUGCAUGGCCUGCAACUCCCAGUUUGUGGAUGUAAAACACUUUCACCGUCAUCUGAGCGAGCAGCAUGGCUACUUUAAGUUGCUCGUCCCUAAGGAGGAACCAACUGAGGUGCCACCCACAGCUAUGGUGACUAUACCUGCUGCUCUAGCCAUGAGCAAGUCCAGUCAGCAGCUUCAGUUGCCCAUCCCAGCACCGGAGACCCCACCACCCGAACAGGAUGGCAAGGAGCCAUCGGGGACUGGCUCGUGCAACGAUAAAGAUGAUCUCGAUAUAAUAAACGCCAUGGUGACGAAAAUCACAGCCGAAAGGGGAAAGCAAAAUUGCGCUCCCAAGGUCACUAAGAUGAUUAUUAAACUGCCAGGUGUUUCAAAGCGGGGGAAAAAUAAGGAUCAGGAAGAAUAUCCUAAACAAAAGGAUAGAGAGCAGGCAAAACCAGAAUACGUGAAGGAACCUGAAAAAAAGAAUCAGGAGAAGUCAGACCAAGCAGGUCCAGAUCCGCUGCAGCGUCCAGAGGAGACUAACCCAGUUAAGCGGAAGCGUGCCUGCAAACAAUUAUCACCCUCGUUUCUGGACACAGAGAAUGAGAUCAAAACAGAGACGGAGCCAAGCGAGCGACGCAUGCGCAAAACUCGAAACUUUGUCGACUAUGUAAUGGAUGUAAAGGAUGAGGAAGACGAAGACGAGACUGAGGGCUCCUCUGCCACAGUUUCGCCGCGCAACAGCUCAAGCGAUGAGAGCCUGACCUCGAUUAAACGGGAGUCAAUAGAGGAAUCUCAGAGCAUUGGUAGACCCAUACACACCUGCAACUUUUGCGGCAAGACCUUUCAGCGCUUCUCACGCAUGCAAGAUCAUCUGCGAAUCCACACAGGCGAGAAACCAUUCAUUUGUAACCAUUGCGGAAGAGCUUUUCGCUUGAAGAUGCGUCUCGCAGAGCAUAAGCUGCGACAUCGUACUGAGAAGGCCUAUCAAUGCGAGGUCUGUUCCAUGCCCUUAGCCACCAAACAAGAUCUAUCACUGCAUAUGCGGCAUCAUAAGAACGACAGGCGGUACAAGUGCGACAAAUGUGACAAAGGUUUUGUUCGAAGCUCCGAUUUGGCCAUCCAUGUGAGAAUUCACACCGGAGAGAAACCCUAUGCUUGUGAUCUGUGCGGCAAGGCCUUCCGGGCACGUCAGAAUCUUGUGGUGCACCGACGUACUCAUUUAGGCGACAAGCCGAUACAGUGUGAGCUUUGCGACAAACGGUUCGCAAGGAAGAUUGACAUGCGAGUGCACAUGCGCAAGCAUACAGGCGAGAAACCCUUUAACUGCGAGUCUUGUCAGCGUGGCUACUCCUCCCGUGUGAAUCUGCAGCGUCAUCAACAGCGCGAGCAUGGCAAAGGCUUCCACAAGCCAGAGCGGACAAAGACGGGUCAAGGAAAAGAAGCUAAGCCGGAGAAGGGAAAUGAAUCCAUACCAGAGAAGGAAACAGAAUCUAGGACAGAGCAAGGAACAGAACCCAAAGACAAAGUUAAUCUGCGCCGACCACGGCGUGAGAAGUUGCAGCAAAAGAUCGCUGCUCAGGAAAAACUACUGAAUGAUCUGAAGCGCAGCCUAAGCUCCCUACCGGACAUAGCCGAGGAGUCUUCUACAGGAAAGAACGAAUUAGACAUGACUAAAUUUCCAGCUGAUGCCGGGGCUGGUUGUGUCCCUCCCGCUCAGGUGUCUGUCACAGUCUCAAUGCAAGUGGACGCCGCAGCUAAUGUAGAAGACGAUGAGAUCACGCCGGAGAAAGAGAAUGCUUUGUCCAGCGGAUCUCCGGUCGACGGCAAGUCAAAGACAAAUCGAAAGAUUACGAGUUACUUUACCGUCGUUGGUCAGCAGGCGGAGAUGAAAAACCUAAAGACUUAAGAUCAGGAUCAACAACUAUUCUUACUCAUUACUUUAAGAUGCCACUGUACUUGGAAAUUUCGGAAAAAUUUUCACCUCGCGAUUUGUAUUUUUUGGAUUUGCAAUGAAAUCUUGCAGCAGGGAUUAAGUAUUCUUUUUAUACCAACUAUAUAUAAAUAUAAGGUUCAAGUGAAUAAUUAUAAUUUUCUGGUUUGAAGGAAGAGAAACCCAAAUACUUGCUGUUGUGAAGUACACAUAACCCUCGAGAACAAGAAAAGACUACUUUUAAAAAGAAUAAUGAUAUUUGAUAUGAAAAACAAGCAAGAGACUGCAGAGUAUAUUUUUUUUAUACAUAUAUGUAAACAUUCAUAAAACUAUAUUUAUAUAGACGGAGCAACUUUUGUGAACAAACGUUAAAUGUAAAACAUCAGUAGAUUAUUUUAUAAGCCGAUAAAUUACAAAUAUUUUAGCAAACUCUCAAGGAAACUAAAUUAACUUUUUCGAACUUUGAUUGUAAAUAACUGAAAUAUCACGAAAAUCCUUUGCAGAAAUACGUUUCAAUGAAAUGUCUAUAAUGGAAAAGUUACCAAAUCUUUUAUUCUUAUUGAGUGACCAUAUCAACUGAAUACUUUAUGUGUAAGCAAUACUAAGCCCCAAUAUUAUCACUCGAUAUGUCAACCGAACAAACAGAAGAGUAUUUUAUUAAGUGUAUAUUAAAAUUGACUGCACAAGGCAUUGAACAUUGAAUUUGCGCAAUUUACAACUAAAUAUACUCAUAUUCCAAAACAAAUAUAAUUAAAAUUUAAUCAUAUUCAUUAGUAAAUUAUAAGCAACUGAAAUGCAUUCGAGAUAACACUCUUUCCCCCGAACAACCCUAAGAUCUAUCUCAGAACAAUAUUUACUGUAUUUAUUUUAUAUGCAUUUAUUUCACCAUAUUUACUUAAUUUCUCGAAUCAUAAGCUUAGUGACGAUGAACAAUGAGCAAAAAAAGUUUUUUUCUUGAUCGAUUUUAUUUUUGAAAAUUUAAACUGGACAAUUAUUUUGUCCCCAACUAUUUAAGAGUCGUAUAUUAUUUUAUAGUAUCUACGAUAGAAUUUCUAAUUCUCUAGUAACUAAGUAACUAGUAACUCUGAAUAUACUACAUUUUUAUAAUUUA